AUGUAUCAACGAUUGUUGAUUUUCUGCUUUGCACUUGCAACUUUAGUGCCUGCCAAUCACUUUCUCGACACAUGUAGGAAGGUUGGAUUAACUGUCAAUGGCCGCACUUUAGUUGCAGACUGCAGAUAUAAGAACCAGAAAGACGAUGAAAAGGCGUAUAAGUCAGCAUUAGAUUUGAACCGUUGCCUUAAGCUCAACGACUGGGGUGAUAUAACAGCUGAAGCUGAUGGAAAUUUCUUGCCCAGCGUGAGGGAAUGUCGCCUUGACAAACUUGCCACAUUGACCUGUGUAUACUUUGGCGAGGAAGGUCAGAAGAAUUGUCUUUUCAAUCUAAAUAAUGUCGUGUUCAACAAAGAUGGUAUUUUGGGUUGCUUCAAUUACACCGGUGUGCCCAUUGAAGACGCCCAAGCUUGGGAAUGA